UUGACACUAACGUCGCUAAACGCUUUUCCUUCCGAUCGUCAUUAUCGUCAACGUCUAAAAUUUUAUUUUAUUUAUCAAGCCGCCAUUUUGUGUUAUUCUAUUGACUAAUUUAAUAUUUGGAUCGAAAAUAGCGUCUUGUCAUAUUAGUGAUUACAUUACUAACAAAUACAUGGUUAGGGGGGUAUAAUCAAGAUGAUGACUUCAUUUCAACAGCAAAGAAUGAUGAUGAACCAAACCUCGAAAACCCCGCCACCGCCGCCGCCUCCGCCGCAGAGUUUACCCGCUCCGCCGUUACUACCUCCACCGGGAAUGCCGGGAAUAACUCCAAUGCUUCCGCCCGGGCUCCCCAUGGGCCUCCCGCCUAUGCCGCCCAUGCCGAUGGACUCCAUGGACAUGGACACGAAUUCCUCCGCGCACAACGACUCUUCGAUGGACGAGGAGGAGGCCAAUCACAAAGCCGAAGCCGAAGAGUUUGAAUCCUCCGAGGAGCCCCCUGUGCCCGGCACGGAAGAGGUGGAAAUGCAAAUCGAUCCUGCCAGAUUGUGUGAAGGAUACGAAUAUAUCUUUGAUUUAACUCAAACCGGUGAAGUCAUUACAGGUCCGGGAGCCAGAAGCAGUACGAUAGCUGGAAUUCUCGGAGGCGCCCUACCGAAAUUAUCAUCGGAUUAUGCGGAUGCCGUCAGUAAAGCAAAGAAAUACGCCAUGGAACAAAGUAUUCGUAUGGUUCUCAUGAAACAGACUAUCGCCUAUCAACAACAGCAAGAGGCUAGUCAGAGGAAUCUUAUCCAGAGGCAGCAGGCUCUCGCUCUCAUGUGCAGGGUCUAUGUCGGAAGCAUUAGUUUCGAAUUAAAGGAAGACACUAUCCGUCAGGCGUUUUUGCCUUUCGGUCCCAUCAAGUCGAUCAAUAUGUCGUGGGAUCCGGUCACCCAGAAGCACAAGGGCUUCGCCUUCGUCGAAUACGAAAUCCCCGAAGCGGCCCAAUUGGCCUUGGAGCAAAUGAACGGAGCCAUGAUCGGCGGACGGAACAUCAAAGUCGUCGGCAGGCCCAGCAACAUGCCGCAGGCGCAGAACGUCAUCGACGAAAUCCAAGAGGAAGCGAAACAGUACAAUAGGAUAUAUGUAGCUUCCAUUCACGCCGACGUCGUCGAAUCGGAUUUACAAAGCGUGUUUGAAGCGUUCGGGCCGAUAAUCUACUGCAAAUUGGCUCAAGGAAGUUCGGGGCACAAACACAAAGGGUACGGAUUUAUCGAGUACGAAACGGCUCAAGCUGCGAACGAAGCCAUCGCUAGUAUGAAUCUGUUCGAUUUGGGCGGCCAGUACCUGAGAGUCGGCAGGGCUAUUACGCCUCCUAACGCUUUGCUCGGACCUUCUUCGGGAUCUAGCGUUUUACCUACCGCAGCUGCAGUCGCUGCUGCAGCUGCCACUGCAAAAAUUCAAGCCAUGGACGCUGUGGCCAGCAACGCCGCUGCUCUAGGAUUACCUACUCUGACGAAGGCUCCGUCCAUUCCGACGGCCGGCGCGGAUAUAAUUGCGCCCGUGGUGGCGAUCCCAACGGUUGUGGCGGCGGUGCCGGGCGUCAUUCCCGCCGUCAUUCCGCCGCCCGGUAUAGCGAUACCUCAAAUAACGCCUAACAAUACCAUCCAACCUGCCAUUGUAACGCCGCAAGUGGUAGUGCCUCCUCCUACGAUAGUGACGCCGGCAUUGUCGAAUAUGCGUGAAGAAAGUUCGGUGGACAUGAAGAAAUUACAGGAAGCGCAACUCAAGCAACAGGAGCAAUUGCAAAAGAAACUGUUAGAUCAAAGCGAGCCGCAGACCUUGCAACAACAAGAAAAUAUGUCGAUAAAGGGGCAAAACGCCAGGCAUUUUGUCAUGCAAAAACUUAUGAGAAAGGUCGACUCGAGAGUUGUAAUUUUAAGGAAUAUGGUAGGUCCUGACGAUGUAGAUGAAAUGUUACAGGAGGAAAUUCAAGAAGAAUGUAGUAAAUACGGUUCCGUGGAAAGGGUAAUUAUUUACAAUGAGAAGCAAUCUGAAGAUGACGAUGAUGCUAAUGUGAUAGUAAAGAUUUUUGUAGAAUUUAAAGAGACAUACGGAGCUGAAAGGGCGAAAGAUGCUCUACAUGGAAGAUAUUUCGGCGGGAGAUUGGUGCAAGCUGCACUUUAUGACCAGACUUUAUUUGAUCACAGUGACUUCUCUUGUUAAGACUUAGAAUAGUAAGUGCAAAGUGAUUUUAAAACGUAAUUACCAUUUCUGGAUUAAGUUUCCUAAUCAACUAGUGCUUUUUAGACGAACUUUAACGUAAUAAUUUAUUAAUUUCUGUACAUUUGAUAUUUUAUGUAUAUUUUCUAUCUAAUUGUAAAUAUAAGGAUUGCAAAUAUUUUUAAAUGCCAUUUUGCGAAGAUUGUAUACUUCUGCCAUACGUUUGGUAAUCUCUUUCAGUUAUUUCAUGAACCAUAUAAACAACAGUAUAUUAGUAAUUUAUAAAUUAGUUGUAUUUUUUUAAAUCAAUUAAUUCAAUAAAUUUUUUAUUGUAUGCAAUUUUUGUUGGAAAAAUAUUUAUUUCCUAAAAUGUUUUGACUGAAUAAAUAAAUUGGAUAAAUAUAGUUUCUUAUAACUUGGAUAUUGAUAAUAUUCGAAGUUUGCCCACACUCUAUGUAAAGCUGGAAAUUUUGGGAGAAGACAUUUAAAUGAAAAAGUACUCAAAAACCUAUAUCCUAACGUAACAUAUAUUUCAGAAAAAUAAUUUAUUAGAAAAUCUGGACUAGAUAUUAUUAAAAUUCAACUAAUUCAGGGUUUUUUGCCUGGUAUAGAUUCAUAGUCAGGCCUCCUGGGGAACGUUUCAAAACCUUUCGCCAAAGGCGUCAUUUUGCCACCUUUUGCGUCCACUUCAAUGGCGUUUUUCUUUUUGGAUUCCAUCAAAGCGAAAUUUCUGUUAACUUCCUCGUCGCUAGGGGCCUCCUUCCUUCUACCUCGGAGCCAAGCCUCCCAUUCGGCCGGCAUUUCUUGCAUGAAAUCGUCUUUCACGGGCGGUUCGAACCAUCGGCUCGCCUUCCUUUUCCCGAUCGACGGGUUCGGCGGUAUUUCAAAGUAUUUAUUUCCAAAAUAAUCCUUACCUAUCAGAUUCCCCCUGAUCUGUCUCGGUUUGAAGGAGUUGAUGAAGUUCCUUAAAACUGCUCCCCAUACACUUCUAGUU